UGUAGAUGACAAGAUGACGCUACGACUCUCGGGGACUGUCCUUCGGAGCGCGCGGAGCUGGAAUUAAAAUAGCGAUCGGGAAAAUAGGAUACGACGGUGCCUGUCGACGUUCGCCGAUCUGGUUUCGUGACAGGACAAUUUACCUUUCGCAACAGAGUAAUGGAGUUUAAAAGUUUAAGGACUUUGUGUCAGAUGGAAUCGAACGAUUGUGUAAUCUGAUAUAGGAGAAUCUUGUGUGACAAUAGAGCUGCGUACGACUAACUGGAUGCUACUAAGAUGGCGACAAAACAACUUUGUUACAUCUACCUACUAAUGAUACCAUCGUGGUUUUACUACCCGUCAGGCACGGCCGAGAUGUCUGACGAGAAGAUCCUGAUCCAGACGCUGCUGGACAACUACAAGGCGCGGGGGAAGAUGGGGCGGCCCGUGAAACAGCAGAACGAGACGCUGACCAUCAACUACGGCCUCAGUCUCAUCCAGAUCCUCGACCUGGACGAGCGGAACCAGAUCCUCAGCACCAACGUAUGGGCGUCGUAUAGCUGGACAGACAUGUACUUGGCGUGGAAUUCGACCAGUUAUGACAACAUCACGACCAUCAGAGUGCCCAGCGAGGACAUCUGGACACCAGACAUCAAGCUGUACAACUACGCCGACACUCGCCUAGAGGAGAAACGCGAGGCCCUGGCCGUGCUCACGAACGACGGAUCGGUCAUCUGGAUGCCUCAGGCCGUUUUCAAAAGUUCCUGUUCCAUCGACAUACGUCACUUCCCGUUUGACAUCCAAUCGUGUCAUCUCAAAUUCGGGUCAUGGACGUACGACGGGUCGAAACUCGACCUCCAGUUCCUCUACAAUGGCAAAGACGGUUUCGAAAUGACGAACUACAUCCGCAGCAAUGAAUGGGAGAUUCUGAACUCGUCUGCCCAGAGGAACGUUCUUUAUUACCCGUGUUGUCCCGAACCGUACGUCGACCUGACGUUCCGACUCCAGAUGAAGCGCAAGGUGGCGUUCUACAGCUACAUUCUCAUCUUGCCGUGUGUGUUGCUGUCGUCUCUCACGUUAGUGCUCUUCUGGCUCCCGCCCGAGUCGCCAGCUAAAAUGCAAUUAGGGAUGAAUAUAUUUGUGGCCUUCUUCGUACUGCUUCUGUUGUUAGCCGAGUCCACCCCUCCUGCUGCUUCGUCCAUCCCACUCAUAGGUGCAUACUACUGUCUGAACAUGAUUCUCAUCACGCUAUCAACGCUUCUCUCAGUAGUCGUGGUCAACCUCUACUUCAGGGGAUCCAGAACGGCGGUGCCUGUGAUAUUUAGAAAAGUAAUGGUAGAUUUCUUUGCCCGUGUAUUCUGCAUGCGGAACCAGCUGUUCGACCUCCGCCAGGAGCGCGAGCCCUCGCAGGUCCAGUCAUACGUGAAGAAUAACAAGGAGAAGAAACACAGCGAGUUCAAGUACGACCGCGUGGGCUGUUUUGAGAUGCAAGCCGAGGAGACGUGGCGGAACCGCGCCAACGGAACCUACCACAAUCCCGGGGCCGACAACGAGACUCCGGUCCCGACAACCUUUGCGAUACUGGAAGCGGAAGUGAAGGAGAUACGCAGACACCUGCGUCUGAUGACAGACAAACAGGCGGACAGGGAAUACAAACAGUACCUAGCCAGAGAGUGGCAGAUUGUCGCGCUUGUGUUAGACAGACUUUUCUUCUUCGUCUAUCUGCUAGCCAUCUUUGCGUCCGCGUUCACGAUAUUUGAAACGACAAUGGUUCAGACGCCGCCACACGAUCCAUGACCCGUGUGUAUGUAUGUGAUAUUUGUACAAUUCCAUGUUAUAUACUGUGUAUGGGUGUUGUGAGAAAUGUAAUUCGAUAAAACCCGCUGAUAACGAAUAUAAUAUGUGUGCAAGUGUAGAAAUUCAGUUACUGGAGUAGCUGUGUUUUCAAAAGAAAAGAUGGAACAAAAGAGUCCGUGAAACGAAGAUCUUAAAACCAUUUACAUAAAAUGUAGAUAUGUAAAAUAAAUUCAGUUACUGGAGUAGCUGUGUUUUCAAAAGAAAAGGUCGAACAAAAGACUCCGUGAAGCGAAGAUCUUGAAAACAUUUACAUAAAAUGUAGAUACGUGCAGAAAUUCAGUUACUGGAGUAGCUGUGUUUUACAAACAAAACGAAAAAAGCUGGAACAACAGACUUCAUGAAGCGAAGCUCAUGAACCCGUGUACCAAAAAAAAUGUAGAUACGUGUAAAUAUAUUUGAAUACCAUUCAUUGCAUUGCAUAUGUGAACCUUGUGAAAUGAGAAAUCACUUCCAACGACUUAUGCCUAUGAUUUGUGUACAGACAUCUUGAAUAACGCGCAGAGUCGUGGUCUUCUGGCACGGAGCGGGCGUGUGUGUGGACGACUUCAUACCUACAUACUCACCAAUACUCGCUAGUUAGUCUUCAUGCAAGUCAUUAUGCCUGCUUACAUUGCUGAUAUUGAGACCUGCAAUACAUUAUUGCAGCUCCUAUAUGUACAGAAGGAAUAUGUUGCCCUUUAUAUACAUAGACGUACCACCAGUCAUAUUAUACAGAGAUUACACUGGAAGUAUGACACGUGACCACAAUUUAGAUUUCUCCAGAUUGUGACACAAGGUGUUGCUGAGGGGGAACAUUACUAGAUAAUAUAAUUAUAAUAUCACUGAUGGGUUGUUUUGAAUUAAAAUGUAAAGAAAAACAGCUGGAUAUUAGUAACAAAGGAAUUUGGUAAGUACAAAUGUUGCAAUGCAAGCGUGGCAUCCAUAUAAUAGAUUACAUUUGUAUCGGGUAGGGUUUGGGGGUGAAGGGACUUUUCGUUAGUAGUGAAAUUCAGAUAAUCAGGCAUUUGAUGUUGGAAGUGAAACACCACAAGACACUUCUAACGGGUUUAUUAUAAACUGUCUUUUUAAGACACCGUGGAGUAUUCGACAUACAUGAAUGUCCAAGCGAUGCCAUAAAUGUAAAUAUAUAAAUACUAUAUUUUCUUCCGUUCCAAGUAAUCUAAUUUUUAAUAAAUCAUAAUGUUUUAUAUAGUAGAUAUUUUGCACCAAAAAUGAUGCUACAUUGAAUGCUUGGUUAGACAUAGACAAAUGUUGUAUUUACUGUAUGCUGGCUAACUCGUAGAACACUAUACUGAUGGAAAGAAACAAGUAAUCCUAUAAAGGUUGUACUAUACCAAAUAAAAUCCCAUAGGCGACCAUGUUAACGUUUGUGCUUAAAAACACUGUAUGCAAUAUUAUAUCAACCAAACUAUGACCCAUAAAUAUCAGUACUACAACCCCUACCUCAAAGUAUUAACUGAAAAAAGGUACCUUUCAUUGCCCAUUUUCGGUAUAACCAGAUGUUUUUAUAAAAAACCCUAGUUUUACACAAAAUUUGAAUACUUUUUUUUACAGGUACCCCAUACAUGUUCCAAGCACAAUGCUACUUGACACAGUGGUACU